AUGGCCUUAAGUGAAAAUGAAUCGACAAUUAAAUCAACACUUCCAUGGAUUGAAUAUAAUGAUCACUUCAAAAUAAUUAAAUUGUUAAAAGAUCAACUAACAUAUCAAACAUAUGAGGUGAAAUGCAAACAUUGUGUAACUACUAAAUCAAGAACCGCUGAUACUAGAUCCAAAACCAAUUUACGAAAUCAUCUAAAGGAUAAACACUCUAAUAUCCACUCUGUGAAAAAAUUGCUUAGCUUGAAAAGAAGUGAUAUUGGUUUUAAUGAAGGACUGCAGGAUUCUGCUGAUUUAAAUAAUUCUAAAACAUCAAAGGCUGCAAUAUGUAAUCAACCUUCCCUGUUUGAAUUUACAGGUGUUAGAAAAAGCAUUGUUUCUCAAAGUGAAUUUGAUCAAUUAAUCCUAAAUUUAAUUGUAAAUGCAACACUUCCAUUCAGUCUAGUUGAACAAAAUGAUUUUAAAUUACUUUGCCAAAAAGGAUUUCCUAGUCGUACAUUGCUUUCACGACCAACCCUGAUGUGUAGAUUAAAUGCAGCAUUUGAUCAUCUUAUAUGUAAUUUAAUUAAAGAUAUGUCUAGUGUUAAAUAUCUUACAACUACAGCUGAUUGUUGGAGCAUUUUUAAAAGAUCAUACAUUGGUAUUACAUGUCACUGGAUUGAUGAAGAAAACUUAAGUAGGAAAUCUGUACUUUUGACAAUUAAAAGAUUGGAUGGGCGACAUACAUUUGAUGUGCUAGCUGCUGCAAUGGAAUCAGUUUAUAUAAAAUUUGAGAUUCUAAACAAAAUAUCUUUUACAACAACUGACAAUGGGUCUAAUUUUGUUAAAAGUUUCAAAAUGUAUGGAUGUACACCUAUCAUUGAGGUUGAAAAUGAUAUUCAAGAUCCAGGUCUUAAAGAACCUGAGUAUGAUAUUGAUGGUGAAGAAAAUAAGGAUGAUGAGGAUAACAUUGAUGAGAUUUGUAGUUCAAUAAUUCCAAUCACUGAAAUUAUUAAAAAUAAUGUUGAUGACUUUAACUAUAAUUUACCGGCCCACCACCGUUGUGCUGCACAUACUUUGAACUUAGUUGCGACAAAAGAUAUUGAAAAUGCAAUAAACAAACCUGGUAUUCAUGGAGAACACCAAUUAUACAAAAAGCAAAGCCGUCUAACUAUGUCUAAAUGUAUGGCUAUAUGGAAUAAACAGAGUCGUUCCACAAGUAUGGCUGACAUAAUUCACAAAUGUUUAGAUGUAUACUUGAAAUGUCCAAAUGAUACAAGAUGGAACUCAAUGUUUGAUUCUAUCAAAUUCAUGUUACUUCAGAUAAAAAAAAGCCCGAGCAAGUUUUUAAGAAUGUGUGAUGAAUUAAAUGUUGUGCGAUUAACUAAAAGUGAUAUUGAAUGGUUAGAGGAGUAUGUAGUUGUGAUGGAACCAUUAGCUGUGUGCUUAGAUAUUUUGCAAGGAGAAAAGUUUAUGUAUUUUGGUUAUUUAAUCCCAUCAAUUUCUCAACUUAUUUCACAGUAUGAGAAUAUGAAAAUAAAUAAAAAUUUCAAGUUUUGUAGAUCAUUAAUUGAUAUAAUUUGUUUCAAUGUUGAAAAAAGAUUUGAGACCCAACUAACUGACUCAUUUCUUAUAAUUGCUGCCAUAUCUCACCCUUUUUUUAAAACCGAUUGGAUAAAAAAUGAUGUUAAAAGGGAAAUAGCUAUUAAUCAGUUUAAAAAAGUAGUUAAUGAAUUUUCCAAGUCUUCUUCCAAUGUGGAAGAUGAUUGUACACCAGAAACUAUUUGUAAUAAAAAUCAAUCUGAUGAUGUAUUAAAUACUUUUUUUUCUAAUUGGUCUAACAAAACAAAUACCAAUAAUUCUGCCGAAAAUGAAAUAUUGAAUUAUUUUUCUAAGAGCCCAACAAAGAACUUAACUUCAUUGGAUGAUACUCCUAUUAUAAAAAAAGUUUUUUUAAAAUACAAUACACCUUUACCAAGUAGUGCACCAAUAGAGCGUAUAUUUAGUGUGGGGAGUGCAGUUCUGACCAAGAAACGAGGGAAAAUGACUGAUGCACAUUUUGAAAAAGUUAUGAUGAUAAAAUGUAACAAAAUGUAA